AUGCUCAGGCUUCGGGCGUUCCGUGGGGCGCUCUCGGCGCUCGCGAGCGCCGACGCCGGCGCCUCCCGGGCAUUUGCUGUCGUCUCCCCCAAUGUAGACAUCAGCAACGUGCCCGAGGGGCACCACAAGUCGGUCCUCAACACGGCUGUCUGCAACAUCGGCCUGGGCCGGCGCCGGGACGUGACGCUCCGGUCAGACGUCAAGUUCGCGGUCGGGGACUCCUUCAGGACGCUCCGGGAUACGUUCAAGGGCAAGAAGGUGAUCGUGUUCGGGCUGCCGGGCGGCAAGGUGUGCGACGAGCAGAACCUGCCCGCGUACCUCAAGUCGGCGCAGUCUCUGAAGGACCUGGGGGUGGACGAGGUGGUGUGCGUGCGGCCGGAGGGGCCCGAGGAGGUGCAGGGGUGGGCGGCGAAGCACGGCGUGGACCCGGCGCGGGUGUCGGUGGUGUCGGACGGGCGCGGGGCGUGGGUGCGGCUACUCGGCGUCGACAUCCCAGGGGGGUCGCCGGCGAAGCACCACCGGUACUCGCUGCUGGUGGAGGACGGGUGCGUGCUGCGGAUGUGCGUCGAGGAGCACCCGGCGACGUUCGACAAGACCAAGCCCGAGCGCAUGGCGGAGAUCUACAAGGAGUUCUUCGCCGGCGGGCCCAAGGUGCCCAAGCGCGGCUAG